AUGCCCUCCCAAAAGCCCGUCGCCCUCGUCGUAGGCGCCUCCCGCGGCAUCGGCCGCCAAGUCGCCAUCGACCUCGCCAAAAACGGCUACGCAGUCGUCGUCGCCGCAAAGUCCGUCACAGACCCCUCCAAGCUCCCUCACAAGACGCCAGGCCCCAAAUCCGCCGCCUCGACCGUCACGACCGUCGCCCGCGAGAUUGCUUCCGCCGGCGGCGAGGCCACGCCCGUCCAGGUCGACGUCCGGUCCGAGGAGAGCGUGAAUGCCCUCGUCGCCAAGACGAUUGCUAAAUACAACCGCCUCGACGUCGUCGUCUACAACUCCGGCGCCAUCUGGUGGGCCUCCGUAGCAGACACCCCCCUCAAGCGCUUCCAGCUCAUGCAGCGCGUCAACCCAGAGGGCCUCUACGCCGUCGUCCAGGCCGCCCUGCCGCACCUCCGCAAGAGCCCCCUCGGCGGCCGCGUCGUCGUCGUCAGCCCGCCCAUCUACAGCCGCUUCUUCCGCGGCAAGGCCGCCUACGCCAUGGGCAAGGUCGGCAUGAGCGUGCUGACCAAGGGGCUGGCCAUGGACCUUGAGCGCGAGGGCAGGAAGGAUAUGGCCUGCGGUGCCGCCACCGAGCAAUUCACAAAGCUCAACCCCUCCGAACAGGCAGACCUCCGCAAGCCCACCAUCUUCUCCGACGCCAUCCUCGCCAUCCUGCGCAGCGCCCCCGCCAAGGUCAACGGCCAGCUGCUCCUCGACGAGGACUUCCUCCGCGACGAGUGCGGCGUCACCGACUUUGGCAAGUACAGCGUCGUGCCGGGGUCCGCGCCGCGCAGGAUCAUGCCCGCCCGGCUGCCCGAUCUGACCGUCGCCGAGCAGGACGAUGAGGGGAAGAGGGUGGAUAGUACUGCCAAGUCGAGGCUGUAA